UAAGUUUUUGUACCUUUCCUAAUAUCUUAAAUGCAAUACUAUUUCUAGUACUUGUAUUGCAUUAUUUUAUAUAAUUGAUAAUAAUUGAGUACUUCCUCCAGCUCUAUGUACUUCAGAAAGUACAACUUUAAGUGACAUCGUUUUAUUUUCAUGGUGGUAGUUGUUUUCAUGUUUAUUUGUGUCUCCAUAUCAUGAAUAUACAUGAGUGUUUAUGAAUAUUCAUGAGAUGAAGACUUUUGACCCAAUCGGCUUUGACGCUGAAGUCAGACCUGGACCGGACGACGAUUAUGCACCUUCACAAUAAAAGUAUAAGCUCCGCUCUAAAGCAGUAACAUUAUUUUGUAAUUCAGUAAGUAUUUCAAUAUGAGGGACUCAGAUAAUAAUAAUAUUAUAAAUGUAUUAUAGAGUAACUAUCAACCAAUUUGCUCAAAAAUGAUUUUUUAUCUGUCGUUUCAAUUUUAAUCACAAAUAAUAAAGAAAUGAGCUUCUGAGAAUUUGUUAUUGAAAUACAUUUUAAUUUUUUAAAAACUAAAUUAUUAAUCCAGAAUAUAAUAAUCAGGCUAAUUAAAGAAAAAAAAGUUAGCUGCAGCUUUAUUCCAGAGAUUACAUUUAUAAUGAGAUGUGCAAAGUAACAAUGGGACUGAAUAUUGAUAAAUAUGUAAACAAUAAUAAAACAUAAUACUUGCGAAAGCAUAAACAAACAUAAACAGUUUGUUCCCUCAGCGGUUAAAAGAAGCUGCUGAGUGACUGUUUAUGAAAAAGAACUAAAGAAGAAGAGGAGGAAGAAGAAGAAGAGGAGGAGGAAGAAGAGGAGGAAGAAAAAGAAGUAGCUACAAUUAACUGAUGGAUGGUUACCUAAUAUCUGGAGGAAGAAUAACUCAUAGUUACUGUGUACUAUUAGUACUUUACUGUAACAGAGUAUUGUUGCUGUGUACUAUUCAUACUUUAAUUUAGAGUAUUUCUACAGUGUGGUAGCCUUUACAUACUUUAACCAAAGUACAUCUUGAAUGCAUACAUUUAGAUAACAACGUAGUACCCAAUAUAUACUUUUACUGAAGUAAAGGACCUGAAAACGUCAUAUGUCCGGACUUUUAUUUUGAAGGCGUUAACCGGAAGUGGUUGUCGUCUCCUCCGCCAGCUCGUGAGCUCGUGAACUGCAGCCUGUUGAGUCAAAGAGUCGAUGAGGAGACUCAGAGCGGACACGCGCGCUGCUGCUGUUGCCAGGGUGCAUGAUGGGAUCUUUCCGGCGUCCCAGGGCUCGCUUCAUGAGUUCCCCGGUUCUGUCGGACUUGGCCCGGUUCCACGCCAGCUCGCCGUCCCUGAAGAACACCAGAGUGUGGAACAGCGUUCAGUCGGCUGUGAUCAAAGUGUUUCAGGGCGGAGCGCUGCAGACCAACGAGCUGUACACGCUGAACGAGAGCAUCAGGUGGCUCCUUAAGACGGAGAUGGGCUCCUUCAUCACGGACUACUUCCAGAACGAGCUGCUGACCCGAGGUCUGUCUGAAGUCCUGGACCAGGUCCUCCUUCACUCCGGUGACGACCGGCUUGCAGUCCUCGCCAACAUGUGGGACCGGGUCUUCACCGAGAUCCUGCCGACCCUGCAGGCCAUCUUCUACCCGGUCCAGGGUCAGGAGCUCACAGUGAGGCAGAUGACCCUGUUGGCCUUCAGAGACCUGGUGCUGUUGAAACUCCACCUGGAGGAAACACUGGGAACUGCAGCCUCCAUCCCUCCACCUGUCACUCAGAUGCUGCUGGUGCUGCAGGGUAUCCACCAGUGCGGCGCUCCCAGUCCUGAGGUCUCCCAGCUGGAGGCCCUGGUGGAGGUCGUCGUGUCUCCGUACCUCAGCGCCGUCGUGCAGGACGGCAACGAGCUGCUGCUCGCACCUCGCCACCACUUCCUCCCGGAGGUCGCCGUGACGCAGCAUCGCGCCUCCUGCUCCUCCUCCUCGCUGGCCACGCCCCCCCCGUCCUCCGACUCCUCCGACUCCUCCUCGCUGGCCCCGCUGGUGGAGCAGGAGGGCGAGGCCUACCUGGAGAAGUCCGGCGUCGUGCGGCGCCACACGGUGGCCAGCGGGCACUCCGACCACCGGCUGCUGUCGGCAUCUGGCCGCAUGGAGGGGGGCGGGGCGGGUGGGGCCAGCGAGGAGGAGGGUGGGGGGGGCGGGGCCAGCGAGGAGGAGGACGGGGGGGGCGGGGCCAGGUUUCUGGUGGGGGGGGAGCCGAUGGGCCCGAGGACGUUCUCCAGACAACUGGACAUGGAGGAGUCUCCAAGGGUAGGAGCCAUCUGCCUUCCUCACAGCUAGCAGGAGGACACAAGGAGUCAUCUGCCUUCCUCACAACUAGCAGGAGGACACAAGGAAACAAGGACCUCAGACUGUGUCCUUAGACUCUGCGUCCUCAGACUUGAACUCCUCUGGUCAGAACCAGACUGCAGCUUCUCUUGUGAAUAUGUUUAUCUUUCAGGAUUCUUAAUGAUUAAUAAAGAUUCAACUCAUAACAAACAA